ACUCUGCUGUUUUAGUAGUAAUCCUCGAGAUGCAUGGCUUUAUUGCUAAACUUUUGGUUUACUUUUUAACUUCUUGUACAUCUCCUUACCUUGGUAGAAGUGAAUGUGUUUGCGAGAUGUGUGGCUGUGCUUACCUGGUUUGCUUGAAGCACAGCAGUGCACAAACUGGACAGUUGGCCCACCCAGGAAGCAGACAGGAUCCAGACAGCCAAAAGUAGCAACUAGAUGCAUUCAAUUAAUACUAUUGGGCAUUGCAUAAACCCGCUUCUCAUAGGAUAUAUAAUCUGAGUGCUCUGCAAUAUGCUCCAGAGAACCUUAUUCAGGUAUACCUACUAUCAACAAAUUUUAACUCUCUCAUCUGUAUGGCAUACUCAACCCAAUGGAAAUUUUCUGCACCAGUAUGGAGCUGUGGGUACUGGACAUCCAGGAGGAGAGAACCAGAACACCAUCAAUAAGCUUCAGAGCUUAUCAGUGGAUGUUGAGAAGAUACGUAAACAAAAUGGGUGGAUCCUUUUUGAACACUGUGCAUAUGUAGAUGAAGUUGCAGGUGUUUUGAAAGAAAUGGGGUCCAGCAGUAUAACUAUAGUUAGCAUUUUAGAGCGUUAUCCAGAAGCUGUGCUCCGCACUCCAGCAGAGAUCAAAAUUCAGAGGGAGCUAUGGAGGUCUCUGACUACAGAUGAACAAGAACUGGUCAGAAUUAUUGAGAAGUUUCCUGACUCCUUCUUUGGGGUUGAUCAUCACGUCAACCAGAAGUGCAAUAUUGUAUAUUUUCAAGGCUUGAACCUUAGUACUAGGAUCAUUGCUAAGUUUUUGGCAACUGCAGCUCCAGUGUUCUGUAAUGUGCCAGAGAAAAAUAAAGAGAUGAUUGAAGUUUUGCAGCAAAGUUACUGUAACUUGGGUGGUUCAGAAUCCAAUAUGAGAGCUUGGUUGCUGAAACUACUUAUUCAGAACCCCUUUGUACUGCUCAAAUGUCCUACAGUGGUAAAAGAAAAUCUGAGUUUUUUCUAUGGCUUAGGCUUCACUAAUUCUGAAGUUCUGCUGCUACUGGCAAAGGUGAGAGGGUUUAUAGCAGAGUCCAGUCCCCACAACAUGCAGGAAAGCCUUUUGUAUAUUAUGGAUACAUUAAAGUGUAGCACUCAGGAAAUGAAAAGUGUAGUGCUCGAGUUUCCAUUCCUUUUCUACUUCCCUGUUCCUGUUCUGGAAGAACGCAUUAAUAACCUUCUAAAAGAUGGCAUCUCUGUAGACCAAAUUAAAGAAGAGCCAUCUGUUCUGGAGCUGACUGUACACAUCGUACAGUAUAGAAUGCAGAAACUGAUUGCUGCUGAUUUUGAUGUUAAGAAUGUCAGCCUUAAGCAUCUCAGUGGCACAAAAAAGGAUUUUGAGGCCAACUAUAGAAAACUGCAAGUAAAGAAGGAGCGGCCUUUGUUUAAUCCAGUUACCCCCUUACAUGAUGAAUAAGUGUGGACAGGGGAUAUUGAUGUGUAUGUAGUCACAGAGGUGUCUGCUCUCGAGCCCUGAUUUUCAGGUGUUGGUGGUUCUAGUGCUUUUGUAGCUCCUGUCAUUAGUGUUUUCUGUUGUGGAUACAGCUGCAAAAGCAUAGAAACUUGGGUUACAAGUUAUCAGAAACUUUCUUUGGAAAUAAAGUAUUCUGAGUCCUUUGGUAAUCUGGUUAGUAAUCUACAUAUUUUUUUAGCUGUUACCUAUACCCUCUAAAAGUAGCAGAACGGCGACGAUACUGCAAUAGGGGACUGCUGUGAAAGUUGUGCUGGAGCAGUUUUCAGAGAGAGAGCGUAGUAAUAGUCACUUCGGUAUCAGAGAACCUGACAUUGAUAUAUGGAGUAGUCUGUCUUUCUGUUGUACAGUUUAAUUUUUUUUUUAAUUUAUUGUUCAAAGCAACACUGAGACAUAUAAUAACUUUCAGAUCAUUUGACAUUUUUUUAAAUAAUAUGACCAGGUAAAUCAUAGUCUGUGUGCCUGAUUUUUUUUUUUUAUUUUGUGCACAAUGCCAAUUUUGACUUUUCCUGUAAACUGUUUACUGUGCGUUGUAUGCUGCUAAAUGAUGUGACAGUACGAUCUGUUUCUACCAUUAGCCGCUGGUCAGUCAUAGCAUUCUUAUUAUAGCAGAUGUUCAGCUAGAAAGUGUAGAAUCAGCUUAAUAAAGUGUACUGUAUGCUAAAGAAUAUGGAAACAUUUAGCAAGAGCCCAUAUUACUUGUGUGUCCUGAAUUGUUAGUGUACAAGUUCCACACUAAUACACUCAGAAACAAGAAUUUGUGUUGGACCCUCAGAAAUUCCUGGCCCCACUGGAGUUCUUCAUAUAGCUGGUGUUAGUAAAAUCAAUUGGCAGGAUUUGUUUUGCAUUGCAUGCUGCAGCUUCACUUGAGUCCUUUUCCAGCACAUGCCUGAUCUGUAGGAGGUACACAUAACGGAUACACACACACACAUUUAAAAGGGGGCUGUGCAGAUGAUUACUCAACAGCAGAUUAGUGCUGUUGGAAACUUUGUUGUUUGAAGAAUGCUAAAGGAUCCUAAACAGUACCCUAGUGUUUACCUUCUCUAACCAAACAAAAGGAAUGUUUUUUUUCUUCUCUGUAACUGAAGAGCCAAAAUUUCUGUGGUCUGUAUAUCCAUUCGACAGCCAUUUGUGUAGUGUGUUACACAAGCAGUAAUGCCCAACAGGGUGUGUGUGUGUUUGUGUGUGUGUGUGUUUGUG